AUGUCCGACAUCGAGGACAACGACUCCCGCCAGGCAUCAGCCGCGCCUGAGGACGACGUACCAGCUGGAGGCAACGAUGACGACGCCAACUCCGACAGAGACUCCGACAUCCUGUCCGAUGUCGACGUCGACGAUCUCGAAGACUACGACCCCCUCAAAGCCAACAUCGAGCAGCGACCAGUCGACAUCGACGAGGAUGUCGCGAAAUCACUGAAGGCUACCAAGCGGAAGCGCGCUGAGGGCGAGACGGCAAAGAAGCCUAAGGAGGGCCGGAGACAAAAGAAGCGACGCACUGAGGACGGUGACGAGGUCAGCGCUGCCGAUGGCACCAUCAUCGAGGGCAAGAGGCGGCGCACUGGCGGCGGGGAGGGCGGCGGCGGCGAGAAGAAGUCCAAGGCCCGCUCCAAGAGGCCGACGCCAGAGCCUGAGAACGAGGAACACUUGACGCCGGAGCAGAGGCGGGCGCGAGCAAUCGAGAGGGCGAUGGAUGCGGCCAUCAAAGGGAAGAGCAAUAAGAGACGUACCAAGAAGGAUGAGGUGGACCUGGAAGAGGAGCUCGACGAAAUCAUCGCAGAGCUCAAGAUGAAGAUGGAGGUCGCAUGUUCCCAGGACAACGAGGCACGCGAGGCCGACCGCGCCGCCGUGGAGAAGGUCAAGCUGCUGCCCGAGGUGAUGACGCUGCUGAACCGGCAGAACAUCCAGCACGCGAUCCUGGACCCCGAGAGCAACUUCCUGCAGGCAGUCAGGUUCUUCCUCGAGCCGCUGAACGCCGACGGCAGUCUGCCCGCCUACAACAUCCAGCGCGAGAUCUUCACUGCCCUGACUAAGCUUCCCAUAGAGAAGGAGGCUCUGCUGUCCAGCGGCAUCGGCAAGGUCGUGCUCUUCUACACCAAGACCAAGCGCGCCCAGCCAGAGAUUAAACGCAUGGCUGAGCGGCUCAUGGGCGAGUGGAGCAGGCCGAUCAUCAAGCGGACGGAUGACUACAAAAAGAGGCAGAUCGAGGCACGUGUCGUCGAUCCAGACGCCCUCAAGUACAGAGGUCCCGGCUCCCAGGCGCCGUCCGCCUCGCAGCAGUCCCUCACCCAUCGCCCCGGCGGCAAGAAGCAGAGCACCGUGUCCGACAGGCUGGCGGCCAAGCGAGCUGCCGCCCUUGAGCCAGUGCGCAUGAACCCCAACCGAGCCCGUCCCGUGGGCUUGCCUGUCAGCUACACCGUCGCGCCCAUCUCGCAGCUCGGCGGCGGCGGGCCGGACCACAGGCCCGCUGGAGCCGGCAGCAUGGAUGCCUUCCGGAAGUUUACGCAAAAGAAGAAGAACAACUAG